GCCAGAACCCGGUGUGUGACUGCGCGGUUGACGACAGCACCGCCAGCGUCAUGGAAAUCGGUGCUUCGUCUUCGCCUUCCCGCACAGCGCAGCAGGGAACUCCGACGCUUCUUUCGUCUGACGAAGACGAAGAAGGCGGAGGAUCAGGAUGUUCGAGCAGAUCGAGCCCCGCUGGAUGCGGUCGCGCUUGUCCGCGUGGUUCACCCUCCCCUGGGCCCCUUCUGCGAGCCGCUUCUGCACCCCAUCAGAGAAGGCCUUGUCUGUCUCCUUGCAACGCCCCCAUUUUCUGCGGCCCACCAUCGCCCCCGAGCACCACUGUCUCUGUGCAUGGAUUCCUCCCUAACCCUCCAAGGCCGCUCAGUUUAACGGUUGACAGCCUUCGCUCCGACGGUGAGGCAACCUGUUCCUCUGGAGGAAGUCACUCGGCUGGCAGUAGAAGGGGUGGAUCCUCCUCGCCGGGUCUCAUGUGUGUCGUGUGUGGAGACACUUCGAGCGGCAAACACUACGGCAUACUCGCCUGCAACGGCUGCAGCGGAUUCUUCAAACGCAGUGUGCGACGGAAGCUCAUCUAUAGGUGUCAAGCAGGGACGGGCCGUUGCAUCGUGGACAAGGCCCAUCGCAACCAGUGCCAGGCCUGUCGGCUCAAGAAGUGCUUGCAAAUGGGCAUGAAUAAAGACGCGGUGCAGAACGAGCGGCAGCCACGCAACACGGCCACCAUCCGUCCAGAGUCGCUGGCAGAUUCCGAGAGGUUGCUGAGAGAAGGGGCCGCCGUGGGAGUCUUCCCGGCAGCUCACCCGAGAUUCCUGCCACCACCACCACCACCUGGACCGAUUGUAUCUACCGGAGACCACCACCAGGGGAGGACGCCAAAGUACGAACACUCCACAAGCAUGGAUACAAAAGAAGAGGACUGCCCUACACUGAGCGACCGCGAGGAUACUGGCACUGCUGAUCAGGUCCCAUCGCCGGCUUCCGGUAUCAUGGGAACUCAUCAUUCUCCACUGGUGUGUCCCAGCAACGGUCCGGCCCAUCACCAGCUGACCCCGUACCACGCAGAGUUCCCCCUGUACUCCGUAGCUCCGGAGAACCUGUACGAGACGUCGGCCCGCCUUCUGUUCAUGGCCGUCAAGUGGGCCAAGAAUCUCCCUUCCUUUGCCAACCUUCCCUUCAGGGACCAAGUAAUCCUUCUGGAGGAGACCUGGUCUGAGCUCUUCCUGCUAUGUGCCAUUCAAUGGUGCGCUCCAUUAGAUGCCAGUCCCUUGUUCUCGCCCGCGGAGCACGCGGCUGCCAUGACAUCCGCACCGGGUCCCACCAAUGGAAAAUCCCAAGCAGCUGCUCUGGCUGACGUGCGUAUGUUGCAGGAGGUUUUGGCUCGCUUCCGUGCGGUAGGCGUCGACCCCGCGGAGUUUGCCUGCCUCAAGGCUAUCCUACUUUUCAAGGCUGAUUCCCGAGGUCUGAAAGACGGUCACCAGGUGGAAGCCCUACAAGACCAAGCGCAGCUCAUGUUACAGCAGCAUGUGAAGACGCAGCAUCCCACACAUCCCGUACGAUUCGGACGCCUGCUCUUGAUCCUGCCUUCUCUUCGGUAUGUGACGGCGGAUCGCAUUGAAGCCCUGUACUUCCAACGCACCAUUGGAAACACGCCCAUGGAAAAACUGCUCUGUGACAUGUUCAAGUGUUGACGGUCGCUGUACAAACGGCGCAUGUGCAAUGCUUCUGGUUUCGUCAUUCCGUGGUUGGUCCAGAAAUAGAAACAGUGAGAGUUAAGCCCCGCAUUUAUUUUGGCUUUUUUUUUUAUCCUGCCCCACAGGCUGUUCCGCGUGGAUGUUCAGUAAGCGUACUCCGGCCCAACACAAUGUUCAGGUAUCGCUGACUGAGCCUAUCCUAACUUUUCUAAGUGAUUCAUUGUAUCCAACGUAAGUUCGUCUUCCGCUUGGGCAGUAGAAAGCAUCGAAUCCACAAAGCAGGUGGACGAAAAACCGCGCGGAGAAAAAUAAUGGUUCCUGCCUCGGAACGUAACCAUUCAACCAUCCGGCAGCGGUAAAGCACAAAACACUGACAAGACACACCCUUCGGAUUUGUUUCUUGAAAAAGUCAUAUACAUAGAUGCAACUUGUCACACACUUUCAACGCAGUCUCCCGUCACCUUUUUUUUUCUCUCUCUUUCUUUUUUUGAACACAUGAAAACGAGAACUCCAUCCAAGAAUUAGUGUUCUCUCUACUGCCACAUUUCGACAUCGGACAAGUCGCUUAUUGAUAUACUUGCUCACUCUGGCAAUAUUUUUUUUAGAUCUCAUGCCAGCGUACUAUUCCGUGCAUGGCAGAGUAGAAUAAUUCAAUACGUUUUAAAUUAAAUUCCAUUACAUAACUCCAUUGUGCAGGGUAUGACCAUUUCGGUUACUUCAGUAUUUCAGAGUCGAUUUCCGUCGACUUUCCCGAAUUGCUUUCCAAUUUUGAAACGCCUGCGCACUAAUAAAGUUAGAAAAGCACCUACCAUAACACAACAACAACAACAACAAAUAAGUAAUGAUGAUGUACCAUAACACACGUGCUACUCAUAGGUUUGCAAUUAAUCGUGCGAUAGAUGUAUACAGCACAUUUUCUUUUACAUUCGCGUGUUGUGAGUGUUAUUCGAGGCGAUGCUGGCUUCUUGUUUCUUUAACGCGACAAGAAGCGCAUUAUACCGGGGGGGAAAGUAACCGGAUUUUUAGCCCCCAAGUUUGUAAAAAGCAUCGAAGAGGUGGAUACGCUCUUGGUUGACAAACAGGGAGACGAUAGAAUAGAAUCCCUCUACCGGUUGAGUGUCGUUUCCCGUGGAUCUCUGUCUUGGCUGGGUACGUCGAUCUCUCUCCUAGGUGACGAGCGAAAAACCUCCGAAGGGUUUUGAACUAAACUCUCAUUGCAUUCGAUUGAAGUGAAACUAUAUAGGGGACGGUGAUGUCUGAGAUGCGGAACAGCCAUUUGACAAACCCUUUCUUUCUUUUUUUAAUUACAGGGACUCUUGUCAUAUUUAGUCGUGGCUCAUUUCAUCGUGGCGUCGAUAAAGCACCAGAUGCCCCGAAGUGUCCGUUUAUGAAGUCAAUGUCUGUCGAAGUUGUCAAUCCUCUCGUUCACCGUAUACAUAAGAAUUGAUGACGAAGAUCGGUCAACACGUGUUAACACUGUACAUACUCAUUAUAAUGCAGUCGGGCCGAUGACGUCCCGAACGUACGUCAUCAAUGUACAUAGAAAGAAAAAAGAGAAAAUGUCGUAACUGGUGCAAAGCAAGAAAGGAUAGGUAUUUGAGAGAAAUUAUUUCAAUGGAUAGAACGCUUCCGCACGCGUGACGUAGGAAUCGGGACGUGGUACGUCCAGAGGUGCUAAGCACCGAAUACUAGACAGUGGAUAAGAGAUUACCAUAACAUAUUACCAUUAUCGUAAAAAGGCCACUGGAGCUUCAAGAAACCUGUUAGAUUUAUGAUAAAAUUGUUACGCGGACACAUAUAGUAUAGAACUUAAUUUGGCGCGCUAUUAAAAAUGUGAUACGCUAUACAUGUGACCGAUAAAACAGCAUAAAUACUGGCGAGCCGAACUCCAUAUACUGUAAAAAAAGAAAAGAAAAAAAGAAAACCUGAGUUUGGGCAAAAAGGAAAACGGACGACACAGAGGGACUCAAAAAGUCACUCUGUGUCGUCAGUUCUCCUUUCUGCCCCAAACUCAGGCUUUUUUACAGCAUGCGCUUAUGUGUCCGGGAACAAUACCGCGUAAAAGGCGAGCUUGAAAGGAAUAAUCAAGAAAUAAAAAGGAAUGUGCUGAGAAACUCUGAAUGUGUAUAGCUUGAUCGCAACGGCAGUAGAGCACCGUCCUGAACAAACGGACGGCUUCGAGAAUCUCUUCAUAAUAUUUAUUGUCUACACUGACUAUUUAUUACCUAGUUAAAUUAUUAAGACCACACUAUUUAUUAUCUGUAGAAGCAGAGCCUGUUUGUGCCACACAAUGUCUCUCGACUCUCACUUUUAAUUCAUGCAUGCGUGACAUAUAGAUGUGUUAUUACGCUAUUGUUACCCACUGUAAGCAUUCCCCUUUUUAAAGUUGUACUUCAAUUUUAAAAAAUAGUGAGCACAUAUUUUUCGCAUAUUUUUGUGAACAGAAAAUUGUAAGUUAUAAGGAAGAAUCAAGCUAAUUUAUUAGUCUAUCCUUUUCGCGUGCAAGCGUGGGUGUUGACAUAUAUUUUGACAAAUAGCUCGAGGGACUAUCACAGUCCAGAUGGAAUUCUGCCCAGUGCUGAGUGUUCCUGCAUGCGCAAGGUAUUCGGUUUAAAAAGUUAACGAAACGAGUUUUUCGAGAUACGAAGUAAUACUUCGAAAUUCAUCGUACUGCGAAACACGGUGAAUUACUGUUUUGGUCAUUGCUUUAUGUUCUGAUGUUUCAUGAGCAGGACACGAACGCAGAGCCCAUACAACAUUGACCAACACCAUGAGAACAUUAGAACACAUUCCACAUUAGUGAAAUGGACACUUGUAUGGAUACCACACGUGCUCGCAUGUUACCAGCUUUAGUUGUUGAUAGACACUUAGCGACGUUCUUUUUCUUGAUUGAAAUGCAUUGGUACUCAUGUAGUACGAGGACCAACGCGUCGAACCGUUUUUUUUUUUUUUUUUUUUGUUUUCACGUUGAUCUCCGUACCGUUCAUAUUUUCUAUGUAUUCCCAUGUACAUUAAAGUGAUCCACCUAUA